UGAUGACACACCGUCCCUAGUCUCAUUCCUAUUAGAGAACUCGUGUCUCCGAACUGUAAGACAAGCUGUAUUUUCUGUAGGAACAUUUCAUCACAAAGAAUUUCAGAACAUUAAUUAAAGUACUUUCAACAAGUCAGGUUUUCCAAUUAAUUACUUUUUCCAUUUAAUUAUAUGACAGAUGGAUAAGACACUGGCAAAUUUGGAACAAAAUGCAAGACUCGGCAGCAUUGCUUUUCAAGUGACCAGUAACAUGUAAAAGCAGUAAAAGGCGAAAUAUUAGGCACAGAGCUUAACACUAUGGACUCAAAGUUUCACUGACUCUGACAGAUCUGAGUAACACGUACUCAGAGGCUAGGGUAUGAGAAACAGACGUAAAAGUAACAAACACCAGCACACUUCUAGUACUGUGGGAUACAUUUUCCUCAGCGCCUUUGUUUCUCACAGAAAAGACAGCAAAUAAAACACCAAGAAAAUGAAUGUGACAGUAUAAACUUUGAGUGAUGAGAAGUUCCCUAAUAUUUUGACUCCCAAACGGAAAACCAAGGAUAAGUUGUAGUCAGGUUGCCACUGUUUUAGGGUGGAAAAGAGAAAAAAAACAGAAGAAAACAUAAAUGCAUGAAAAACACAAGAUACACGAGACGAGCUCAGAGACGAACAUGAAGACGCUGAAAUGCAGGACCUCUAAAGGGAAGCUCUCAAGACGUUCUAUCACCUGACACGGGCACUGAGGCAGCUCACGGUUGUUGCUGACAGCGAAGGCCUUCCUCUCAAAGCUGUUUAAAUGAGAAUGUCCCUGGCGCAAAGAGUGCUGCUGACAUGGCUUUUUACCUUACUCUUCCUGAUCAUGCUGGUGCUGAAGUUGGAUGAGAAAGCACCGUGGAACUGGUUCCUCAUUUUCAUUCCAGUGUGGAUAUUUGACACAAUUCUUCUAGUUAUGUUAAUUGUAAAAAUGGCCGGACGCUGCAAGUCUGGCUUUGACCCUCGCAAUGGCUCCCAGAACAUGAAGAAGAAAGUGUGGUACCUCAUUGCAAUGCUGCUGAAAUUGGCCUUCUGCCUCGCCCUGUGUGCCAAGCUGCAGCGAUUCACCACCAUGAAACUGGCCUACGUGUUCAUCCCGCUCUGGGCCUUGCUGAUUGGGGGCAUGGUUGAACUUGGAUACAAUAUCUUCUAUGUACGAAGAGACUAGGCUAUGCCAGGUGGUUUCCAGUGCCAAGAUUGGCACCAAAUUACUAGAUUAUUACCAUUUUGCCACAAAUUUGAUCUUCAAACUAGACAGCCAAAUGAGUCAAGCUGGAGACUUAAGCUAAAGCAGACUGAAGACUGAAAGUAGAUGUUGCAUUUUUUUUAUUUUAAAACUCACAUAUGCUCUUGUAAAUAAAAGUAUUUGUUCAACAUAAGCUGUUCUAAUAUGAUUACUGACAUUUGUUACAUGGAAUAAGAUACUGGUUCUUCACGUGCAGGUAGAAGACCUUGUCAAAGAAACCACAAAUGCUCCACCCAGAGUAUUCAGCACAUUGAGUAAUCCUGGGAAAGAAGACUAACAUUUUCUGCUACUUACACUGUAAGUCAAGAAAUAACCAGUUAACAGUAAUUUCCAUAAGAAGCUAAAUUUGCUUUAAAAAUCAGUAGCAAUUGACAGCAGCCAAAUAAGAGCAAGAAAAGGAAUAAAGUAAUACACCUUUUUGUUUGUUUUGGACAGUGAGAUUCCACUACCAGUGUAAAAAUAAGCAGUUUUCUAAGCUGCUGAAACAGCCCAUAACCAGUAUGUUAACCUUAGGGAAUGUAGUUGGUAGCUGAGCUGUGCCAGCCAUCCUGAGAUCCAGAGAAGAGGGAGACAAUGCUGAUUCUUUUCCAGGUGAGAAAUCACCAAUGUUGCAAGAAACUGAAAUACAGGUGAGUUCAGUACUGCAUUUGUACCUGCCCACAGUGGUACUUGAACAAGACAGUUUUUAAUACCUGAGGAUAUGAAAUUUUUGGGUGUGAAGCCUUGGCUUCAUGGAGCACUGGCAAACUCAGAUGUGAGGAAAUGACCUUUUUCAGGUAACAGGUGCACAGGAUGUCAGGGAAGAACUGGAACUACAAGUGUAUUUUGUGGACUGAAGUGCUCUUGCAGGAGAUACAGUAACACCAAAUUGAAAUGUAGCCGUUAUCUGGGACAUUAUUAACAUGCAUACUGAAAGUACUGAUCCAUUUACACUUCCUAGAGACAAAAGAAUGUCAAGUGAAUGAAAAACAGUCCAGGGUAACAGGACAUACCUACACAAGUGUCUCACUAAUAAAAUUUUAAGUAUGUAAAUUCAA